GUCCUCCCCCCCAGUGGGCGGGGUCUAACCCGGAAGCUCCGGCUCCUCUCUCAGUUCCUGCUCUGCACCCCGGCUCCUGCUCCUGAUGCGGCCCCGGACCCUCCCGCUCGCUCUCGGCCUCUCCCUCCUUCUCUUCCUGGGCCUCGCAGGAGCCUCCAGCCCCGACCCCAGCGACUGCGACCUGAUCGGGGAGGAAGGAGCCGAGUCCGAGGCUGAGAGAGGCCUCCGGAGGAGACUGGAGCCUCUGAGAGGCCAGAGUUUUAACGUGACGAGCACCAACACUACCACCAAGGAAUCGUACAUCUACACCUUCCGGAUCUGUGCACCCAUCAACGGACAAAGCAAUGCCGGCCUGGUCCAGUACAACGAUAGCACAAAGCGGGCCAAGGUCAUCGGGAGAAUUAACGCCACACAGCUCAUCGGAGGCAGUGACUGGAUCAUUCUGAUUUAUGGAGAUGGGGAUCGUUACCUAAAUUUCUGUAACAAGGAGAAACGCAAGGGGAUGGUGAUGAUCUCAUGCAAUCCCAACGUGCUCGGGGCUGCUUUCACUGCUGUGCUGGAGGAACGGGGAAAGUUUUCCGACUGUUUCUACCUGUUUGAGUUGGACAGCUCGGUUGCCUGCCCUACCGUGACUCACCAUCUGAGCACUGGCUCCAUCCUCAUCAUCCUAUUUCUGGUGUUACUGACCAUCUAUGUCCUGGGUGGCUUUCUCUACCAGCGCCUGGUGAUGAAGGCAAAAGGCAUGGAGCAGUUUCCAAAUUAUUACUUCUGGCAAGAGAUCGGCAACUUAACAGCGGACGGCUGUGACUUUAUCUGCCGAUCGAAACCUCGAACCGUUGCUGCUGCCUAUCGAGGGGUGGGCGAUGAGCAGCUGGGCGACGAGGAUGAGGAGGAACGGGACGAACAUCUGCUGCCCAUGUGACCCUGUGUACCUGCUGUCUGACUGACACUGCCCGGCCAUCCGACUGUGUCUACGUGACCCUGUGUACCUGCUUUCCUACUGACACUGUCUGGCCGACUGACCGUGUCCGUGUGACCCUGUGUACCUGCUGUCCGACUGACACUGCCCGGCCGUCCGAUUGUGUCCGUGUGACCCUGUGUACCUGCUGUCCGACUGACACUGCCCAGACGUCCGACUGUGUCCUUGUUGCCCUAUGUACCUGCUUUCCGACUGACACUGCCCGGCCGUCCAAUUGUGUCCAUGUUACCCUGUGUACCUGCUUUCCGACUGACACUGCCCUGUCUUCCGACUGUGUCCACGUGACCCUGUGUACUUGCUCUCCGACUGACACUGCCCGGCUGUCCGAUUGUGUCCAUGUUACCCUGUGUACCUGCUGCCCGACUGACACUGCCCGGCCGUCCGAUUGUGUCCAUGUGACCCUGUGUACCUGCUGUCCGACUGACACUGCCCGGCCGUCCGAUUGUGUCCAUGUGACCCUGUGUACCUGCUCUCCGACUGACACUGCCCGACUGUCCGAUUGUGUCCAUGUGACCCUGUGUACCUGCUGUCUGACUGACAUUCCCAGCCGUCUGACUGUCCAUGUUACCCUGUACCUGCUGUCUGACUGACACUGCCCGGCUGUCCGAUUGUGUCCACGUGACCCUGUGUACCUGCUGUCUGACUGACAUUCCCAGCCGUCCGACUCUGUCCAUGUUACCCUGUACCUGCUGUCUGACUGACACUGCCCGGCCGACUGACCGUAUCCGUGUGACCCUGUGUACCAGCUGUCCCAACUGACAAUGCCCGGCCAUCCGACUGUGUCCGUGUGACCCUGUGUACCAGCUGUCCGACUGACACUGCCCGGCCAUCCGACUGUGUCCACGUGACCCUGUGUACCUGCUAUCCAACUGUCACUGGCCAGCUGACUGGCUGUGUACGUGAUCCUGUGUAUCUGCUGUCCGACUGACACCCCCCAGCUGACUGAUCGUGUCCGUGUGACCCUGUGUACCAGCUGUCCGACUGACACUGUCUGGCCGACUGACCGUGUCCGUGUGACCCUAUGUACCAGCUGUCCAACUGACACUGUCCUGCCAACUGACCAUGUCCGUGUGAACCUGUGCACCUACUGUCCGACUGACACUGCCCGGCCGACAGUGUCUAUGUGAUCCUGUGUACCUGCUGUCCGACUGACACUGCCUGGCCAACUGACCAUGUGACCCUGUGUACCUUCUGUACCACUGACGCUGCCAGGCUGACUGACUGUGUCCGUGUGACCCUGUGUACCUGCUGUUCGACUGACACUGCCCGGCCAACUGACCGUGUGACUGUGUACCUUCUGUCCAAAUGACACUGGCCAGCCGACUGACUUUGUCUGUCUGACCCUGUGUACCAGCUGUCCGACUGACACUGCCCGACGGACUGACCGUGUCCGCGUGACCCUGUGUACCUGCUGUCCGACUGACAUUGGCCAGCCGACUGUCCGUGUGACCCUGUGUACCUGCUGCCUGACACUGGCCAGCUGACUGACCGUGUCCGUGGGACCCUGUGUACCUGCUGUCCGACUGUCACUGGACAGCCGACUGUCCGUAUCCGUGUGACCCUGUGUACCUGCUGUCCGACUGACACUGGCCAGCCGACUGAUCGUGUCCGUGUGACCCUGUGUACCUGCUGUCUGACUGACACUGGCCAGCCGACUGACCGUGUCCGUGUGACCCUGUGUACCUGCUGUCCGACUGUCACUGGCCAGCCGACUGACCGUGCCCG